UGUCGCCUCCAAUGCUUGUCUCGCAAACCCCUCCCUUGCCAGCUCGAGCUCAGUCACGCUCCUUUCGCGUUCAAUACUGAGGAGCAACAAGCAAUUGUAAAAAUGUGAAUUUCAACUGCGGCUAUUCCAACAUUUUUGACGAGGAUAGGAAACUAAUGCAGAAGGAAGAUUGGUUUGGAACGAUCCGUUUAGAAUGUCAACGUUGGAAAUUGAGAGACUGACGGUUGUUUUUAUUGCAGGUGUGAUUACAGCAUGAGUUAAACUGGUGACAGGCCCUGCUAGGCCUGAACUGACCGAGUGUGUUGGUGGAGGCUCGUCAGUCUCCAGUAUGGAGUGUUUGGUAUGAGCCGUGGCCGGUCCGUUGCUCCUUGGGUCGGUCCAGUGGUGUAGUGUCCCUGUCCCUUGGCGGGAUGCUGAGGGUUGGUGGUCCCCACCAGUAUGACUCCCCUGGACCUGUGGCUGUCCCGCUCCAUCCCCAUGUGCCUGCUCCUCCAGAGCCUGGUCCUCAUGGCCCUGUGCUUCCCCUCUGCCUCCAUGUGUCCCAAGGGAUGCGUCUGCCAGCGGGCCCGACCCGACCCUGGCCUCCACCUCGGCCCGGGGCCCCUGGGGCUCCUCCUUGGCCUCAACGUCUCCUGCACCGGGUCCCGGCUCAAAGAGAUCCCCCCGGACCUGCCUCCAGACACCGCCGUGCUCCGCCUCGACCACAACCAGAUCAUGGCCGUCCCCGACCACGCCUUCCGGGGCCUGAGGCUGCUGCGGGAGCUCAACCUGUCCCACAACUCUGUGGAGACGUUGGGGGAGGGCGCCUUCAGUGGCGUGGAGGCCACACUGCAGGUGCUCGACCUCUCACACAACCGCAUCACUAGCGUGCACAAGGAUGCGUUCGCCCGGCUCAAAGCACGGGUCCUGGUGGACGACAACCCCUGGCACUGUGACUGCACCCUGCAGCAGGCACUGGGCGGCAUGGCCCACAACCACGAAGCGGCUGCACGUGUCCUCUGCCGGAGCUCCGAACUCCAGGAGCAGGAGGGACGCCAUUUCCUGGCGGUGGACACAGACCUGUGUAACCUGGCCAAGAGGACCACGGACUACGCCAUGCUGGUGACGAUGUUCGGCUGGUUCGCCAUGGUCAUCUCCUACGUGGUGUAUUACGUACGGCAGAACCAGGAGGAUGCCCGGCGACACCUGGAGUACCUCAAGUCGCUGCCCAGCAAGCCUGUGAAGCCCAACGAGGUGGAGGACAUCAGUACUGUGGUGUAACAUGACAUCAUCACUACUGAAUACUAUAGGACAUCAGUAGUCCGGUGUGACAUCCCUGUAGUGAGAACUGACAUCACUAUAGUGAGAACUGACUGUAUACCAUAGAAUUAGAUUGCCUAAUUAGUUCUAGAAUUAGAAUGACUAAUUUAUUCUAAUUCUAUGCAUGAACAGCAGAAGUUCAGAACUAAACCCGGAGAUAGGACCCACAUUUCUAGUGUUUACAACUGGUUCCAAAUUUCAAGAUGGAUGUAACGUCUUCUGUUGUGAAAUUGUUUUUAUUUUGUCCUACCUGUGGUGUACUUAAAAGAAAUCAUGAUAGAUUCAACCUGGAUCUGUGUAUUUGAAGCUUCACACCCCAUAUGUGUCAAUUACAAAGGUAAACAUUGAGAAAACCCCAUUUUUAAAGAGGAGAAAUGCUUUAAACGUUAGCGGUUGUCUGUAGGCAUCAAUCUAAAGACAAGCAUUUUCAAAUGCACAGCGUACAGGUCAGAACAUAGACAACGGCAGUUAGUUCAGAUCACAGUAACAGAAGGGUAUAGUCUAUGGGUGUACCACAUAUGGCUUCAUUGAGAUCUGUUCUGAGAUCGUUUUGAAAAUCUGAAUCUCAGGUUUAAAUUUUGAUAGGUUGAUAAGUCUUUUCUAGAGCAAAAUCUGGAGAAAUUGUUUGUUGGACUAAACUUUUGUAAGGUAAUGAUAACAGACCUUUGAUCUGAAGAGUGUUCUGUGUUUGUGCAUCCAACUGCAUACUUUGUUUAAUUUUAUUUGAACAAAUAACGGGCCCCAAAUAUCAAUCAUGAAAAUUACCUUUAAUUUUCAUAUGUGAAAUAAUGGAAUCAAUGAUUUGUUAAACUGACCAUGACAUCACCAAUGUUGAAAGACUACUGAUGUGCUGUAGAAACACUAAACAUUCCUUCCUUCAUUUUGUCAACUCCCUGUACUGUAUGUUCUUGUUGUCUUGAAACAACAAAGUUGAUCCAUUGCAUCUUAGUAGAUUUGUGAUGGUCAGAUAACGUAGCACAAUGGUUUUUUGGGUAGAUAUCAAAUCAAAUGACCCCGCAAAACAAUUGGUAGAUUCAAGUGAUUUGUAUGUGUUUCGUGAUUUACCAGUACCCUAGUAGUGUCCAAGUUCUCAUGUCCUGAGUCCGAACAAGCGUUUCGUGUUACAUGUUAACACAACACCUGUACAACACCCAACAACAAUACUGUGCAUUUGGUUUUUCCACAAAAAACAUUUGCUAUGAUUUUUUAUGACUCAGUUUAUGCUUCCUGAAAUAGAAUACAUAUUCAUAUUCAUAGGAAUGUGUUUCACACAAAGCUUCCUCUCUCAGCCAAAUUGUAGAUAUAGUUAGUGUCCCAAAUGGCACCCUAUUCCCUACAUAGUGCAUAAAGCCCUGUGGGCCCUGGUGGAAAGUAAUACACUAUGUAGGGAAUAGGGUACAAUUUGGGACACACCCUCAGCAUCACAAACCUGGCGAUGGGAAGACUGUAAUCAUUUCAACACAUACAUCCCCUUUCUGUUCAGCCCCAUGCUGCGUUCAGAAUGCAGAUAGAUGCAUGCAUCAUUUACCUUGCCUUUAAUAACACUGUGUGUACAGUUAUAUCUCCAGCCAAGUGAGAAGAGCAAAUUGCAGCUGUCAUUAAUUUAAAUGGCUUUCACUUCCAUCACAGUGACAAGGGUUCACUAAAACAUCCCAUAGAGAGAAGGGAGGGGGAGGGCAGGUCGGAGAGGGAGAGAAAGAGAGAGAGAUAAAUAGAGAGGAGAGAUAUGGGCAGGAGAAUGAGAGAAUUAGAAAAGUAUAAGGUUCUUUCCAUAUUCAAUGCGGAUAACAAAUUCUGUAUUUUGAAAAGGAAUGUUUACAAAGUUUCAUUUUUUCCCCCAGAGCUGCAAGGUGGACAGUUCAUUUGGGAGGAUUUGAUGAUAUGAUGAGCACAGGUAGUUACAACAUGUAGUAAAACAGGUUGCUACAACAGGUAGUUACAACAUGUAGUUACAACAGGUUGCUACAACAGGUAGUUACAACAGGUAGUUACAACAUGUUGUUACGACAAGUAGUUGCAACAGAUAGAUACAACCGGUAGAUACACAAGUAAGCCUAGUCACAUCACACAUGAAUCAAACUAAAUGUAAAUAGGUACAUUGUUGUUGUGUGUGAGAAAGAACUUGAAAUCCCUUUAAAUCGUUGUAUUUGAAUGUUGUGCUACUGUACAGCCUUUUGCACUGAUUUAUCCUGCAGAGCAGAGGCCAUGGGUUCAUGUCUCAUGUAUUUGUAAUGGGUUUAGGAGAGGAUACUUUUUCUUUCAAUGCAUGUACUGUACCGCAAAUGAAGAAAGCAAGCGUAGCCAAGCCAAGGAGUCGGGAAGAAUAUUUAAGUGCCUGAAAUACUUAUCUCACAUUUUCUGUUUCUCAUUUUAACCAAAUCAUUUCACAUUCAGAGUCGGUUUCUGGACAUGAAAGAAGAAAGCGCUGCGUUUCACAGACAAAGGUUUAUGUGUUUGGGAAUCUUUUCAUGUCCAGGAUAGUGUAUACAGAACCAACACAAAGGAGAAAUUAACUCUUUAUUGUUUGCUUUGAAAGAGCUGAUAGAAGUGAAAUGGACUUUGAUAUCCUAGUUUUCCACUGUCUUGCUGAAAUGAAGACGCAGAAAUGUCAAAGUAAUAUAAAACAGAGAGAAUAUGGUUGUUGUCUUUCUUCUCUGCCUGUCAAUUGUCUUUUCCUUUUUUUAGACGGACAAAACGUUGUCUGAAGCUUUGUGAUAAAACUCAAGACCUAGCACUGAUUAAACCAUCCAUACAUUGUAAAGGCAUGUCAUAAAAGGAAAUAAAGGAAAUAUGGACACUC